CUGCCAGAAUAAAGGGGUUUUAGACUACAAUAGCAACUUCUUGAUACGUCAUCAGUUGCAGCCGAGCUUGCAACGUAUUCUGCCUUUAUUACCUUGCAAUUAGCGUUCAUGUUUGUGGCCUCGUCUGGCUGGUAGUUCGCUUUUGCCCUGUGUGCCCGCCAGGCCGAGCCGCCAGUCCUCUGAAUCCGAAUUUCCGACACACAUGCGCUCGUCACAUCGUCAGUCAACAACAGUUUGCGCGCGCACGCGUAACGUAUCGCUAUAGAGAAUAGCCUAUAUUUUUUUACCAUAUUCGCCGGCAACGACAAAUCCAGUAUUGAUCGGGCCUUCGCCGCGGAACGGCGCGCUCGAAAAUGUGAAACGAAUUUUCCGCGUAGACCAUUGUUCGAUACAAACAUCUUCAAAAGGAAUUGACAGUCGAUCGAUGAUAAAGUGAAAUUAUGGCGGUUUUGUUGUGUUCUUAUGGUGUCAAGGCUUAACGAUAUGUCGAAGAUACCCAUCGAUAGACAUGGCAAGUCAAGAUCGCUAAACAUCCGCAGUAUCUAUUCGAAUGAUCCUAUGAAAAUAAGAACUUGCAGCGAUGUUAAAAAUAGAGAAAUCUCCGAAAAAACAUUUGAUGUAAAAGAAAAAGAAAAAUUAUUAAUUAGUAAACCUUACAUGUCGUUAAUACCAAAAAUAAGUAUGAUGAAUACAGAAAAAGUAGUAAAUAAAAAUCCACGUAUAUUAGAUUUGAGAGAAAAACUAAAUGAAAUUUCAAGGAAACAAGAUCAUAACGUUGAUAAAAUGACUAAAGGUUUGAUCAAUGACAUAACACAACAGCUGGUUGAUGAUAAAGAAGGGGAUGAAUCUGGACCUUACAGUUUAUUAUUUGAUCUUCAGACAAAUCCUUCAACAUCUUCUAAGCAGUUAGCAAGAACAGAGUCUUGGAAUUUAAAAUCGGUGGGAGAUGUUCUGGAAUCAAAAUCUCAAAGCUUAAGUAGAAUAACUUGUUUAAAUAACAAAAGUGUGGAAAGAUUGCCGAGUGUUUUGAAUUUUGAUGAUAAGCCUAUGAAAGAAUUUGAAUACUCAUGUGAAAAAGAACUCCAUUACUCUACUAAGAAACCAUUUAGUACUCAAUCAAGGUCUGACCUGUGCUUACAACUAAAAUCUCAUGUACCUCCUCGACUUUACGAAACGAAUUUAAGUCCGAACGACAAUUCAUUGAGCAAAAAUAACGAAGAAAACUCUCUCGAUGACAGCUUAGGUAUUCUUACACCAGAUCAAAUGGAUGACAUUUGUUAUUUGGAAAAUGCAUUUUCCCCGACCGUGGAAGGCUUGCCAAUAUUUUGCGACAGCAACGAAUACAAGGCAUCUCCAGAAAAUGGGGAUACUCCAUCGACGGAUAAAACUGAAAGUAAUUCAGCUGCUUCUACAAUACAAAACGAUGGAUUUGCUAAAAUAAGCAACCGAUGCAUCAAACCUAAGGAAUCUUUAGCGCCGAUAGCUACCUUAGAUGUUAUCGAUCCCCUUAAUUGUGACGAUAAUGACUUUAAAACUUUCAGUUUUUCAAAUGAGGAAUCGACGGGACAAGACAAACAUUUUGUGAAAAAUGAUAUGGAUUGUGGAAAAGAAAAUUGUUUGAACUUAGUCGAAGAAGAAUUUUUACCGUCAAUUCAUGGUAGUAUUUUAGAGCCAGCUAGUUCCAUUGGUGACACAACGGUCAAUUUAGAAAUACCAUUAGAUUGCAAGCAUGGAAACUCAUUAGUAACCAAUAGAAUUGAACAAACACCAUCACCUGAAGAUUUGCCUCUUGACAGCUCCGAUAUUAACGGUGAAAUAAGCACUUAUUCCCAAUUUUCUGCAUCAACAUUACAUGACACGCAGACCUACUCCGACAGUAAAAACGAUAAAUCUAUGGAGACUUCAAAGGUAUCUAAUAGUUUUAUUACAAGUAUAACAAGCAUCACAAGUCUUGAUGGUUAUCAAGGCGACGGCGAAAUGUCAAGACCAGUUAGUAGAAGUGCUGAUCAUAACGUUGGUCCCAGAGAAGAUGUUAUUGAAAUGGAUUGGCAGAAUGUUCCUGUGACUAGAAGGGUUGACCCCAUGACUGAUUCCGAUUUUUUCACGGAAAGUGAUGCGGACGGUUUAGACGAACAUAUGCAAAGAGGCGAUCGAAAAGCUCAAGUAAUUGAUGGUGCACUUUAUGGUGGUAAAAACGGUAACGGAAAUGCUCCUCUAAUUGUAAAUAGAAGUGAGGACUCAUGCAUGGAGUCCAGUGGUGUUUAUACUGACUUUGAAAAUCAACGCGCCUCACCUGUCUUUCUUAACGUUAUAAAUGAUAUGUCUCCAAUUUCUACGACAUCUACACACUCAGAAUGCAGUCAGAAAAGCUCUGGUCAUGGAAAAAUUAACCUUUGUUUAACUCCUUUAGAGGACACACUAGAGGAACAAAAUUCAGAUAUUUCAUCUCAUAAUAUUGAUGAAGAUGAGACGCCAAAAAAUACAAGUAAAAGAAAUUCUUUAAAUAGCAUCAAAGAAAUAAGAAGUUCGGAAAAAAAUAAGGAGGAGAAACGAAGUUUUACAUUAAAGAAAUAUAAAAUGCCUAAGCGCGAUGUACCCAGCAAACUGAAGACAAUGCUGGCUAACAGAAAGACUGAUGCCGACGCUAGCGUACAAAGUAGUCCAAAAAUAGUAAAGAAAACAGAAAGGCGGGAUAACUUUUUGAAAAAGAAUUCUUUGGAUAUAAAAAUUGAUUAUAAAAAUAAAUCAUUUAAAGAUAUUAAAUCAAAAGUAGAUUGUUCUUUCACUUUGCAACGGUCGCAGACAUCGUGUAGUGUAACGAGAAUGUUAAGCUCAAAAUCAACGAAUGGUGCCAACAUGAAACCAAAAAGUCGCCACAUGCGGAUGCGGAUGGAAUUGGGUUCAGCCAACGGCAGUGGCAAGAGCAGCCUGCACAGUUCUCAGAGCGACAUCAGCGCCUCCAGCACACCGCUUGGGAAGCACACGAGCAGCCGCUUUCCUUUACUACGAAAUGGGAAGAAGCGGGAAAGCGCUCCAACGCCUACUACCCCUAGUCGCCCUCCGACAGCACCCCAGCCACCCCCUGCGACAUCGGCCAAGAAAAAUGGUGUGGUCCAAAAACUGUCAUCGUCACCGGUGGCGGUGCGUGGGCGCAACUCCCUCGCCCCGCCUCCUUCCCCGCGGAAACCACCCACACUCAGAGUGCCUGCACAGAGACCUAACACUCUCGCCACCACCAAAGAGCCGCCCCGUGUGACGGCAGCGGUGGGGCCACGCGGCAAGCGGGCGCAGACGCCGCAGCCUGUGCGCUCGCCACCAGCGCCGCUCGUCGCACCCACUCCCGCGCAGCCACGCGAGCACUCUGCAGCGCUCGCACACGCUGCUAAGGGCGUUGAGGCGUUAGGCGUUUUGGUGCAAUAUUUAGUUUUCCGAUUGGAUGCGCUAAACAGCGGGUCAUGGCGGCAAGAAGCGGAGCGGUGGCGUGGCGUGGCUGCAGCCGAGCGGAGCAGUGCGGCGCGCGCCGACCGCGACCGACAACAACGCGCACAAAAGGAUCUCGAUACCAGUAUGCAUAUCGCAGAAUGCUUGAGCAAGAUCUCAGAGCUAGAGAUGGAGGUAUCGUCCAAGGAGGAAGCAAAUGCGCGACUGCAAGCCGCACACAUUGAAGAGGUGUCUGCAUUGGCGAGCGACGUCAAAGGGUUAAAGGACACAAUAAUGAUCCUAAAGAAAGAAGUUGCUGAAAGCAGAGCACGGUUACACGCUCACAGUGAAAUCGAACGCACCUUGCGCGCGCAGCUCGAGGCUGCGCGGGCAGAGAUCGAGCGCGCCGCCACGCUGCACGACCCAUCGGCGGACUCGCUGCACGACCCGUCGGCGGACUCGCUGCACGACACGUCGGCGGACUCGCUGCACGACCCGUCGGCGGACUCGUCGCGCGAUCGGUCGUGCAACAUGUGCGACGCGGCAUGCGAUCCAGUUUACUGUGAUGCGGAAGAGUACGAGUUGCAAUUGAACACGAAGGAGGAAUUGAGCUCGGAUGCCAACGAAUUAGCUGCGGAGGUACGAUCUUUGCGAGCGGUAAUCGAGCUGAAGCAAGCCGAGAUGGCUACCUUGCGCGAUGCGCGUUCCGAACUAGCAGAAGAGCGGGAGAGACGAGUAGCGGCCGAGCGCGACGUGUGCGCAGCGCGCCACGCCGCCGAGGAGCUGCGCGAGCGCGCCGCCGCCAGGCAGCGCGAGGCGGACCGCCUGCGCGAGGAGAACCGCCGCAUCCGGGAGUGCGCGGCCAGGGACCGCGACCAGGCGGCGCGGCUGGCGGCGCUCAACGAGGAGCUCAGAUAUAAACUCCGACAGAAGUCUCAGGUGGUGUCGCUCCUGGCUGGCGGUGGGUACAUCGAGCGCACGCCGAUGCGCACGCGCACGUCGUCGGGCGACUCGGCGCGCUCGUCGUCGCCGCCACCGGACUCGCCGCCCUCGCCCGCGGCCUCGCCCGACCCCGAUUCGCCUCCGCUCCCCGCCGUCAAGGGAGUGGUCGAGAAACCCGACUCUGUCAGUUGGGUGCUCGAAAUUGAAGAAACGCCAGAGGAAAUGGCUUCAAGACUAGCCCGAAGAUCAUCGUUCCGCGCUGUCGCAUCCCCCAGCGGGGUGAAGCGACGCGGCGGCGGCUCGCCGGGCGGCGGCUCCCCCGCUCCUGCGUCACCCGCGCCCAACGCCUCCAAGCUCUUCAGGCCUGGAGACCUCGACUUCCCACCGCCCCCGCCUCCCCUCAAGGAAUCCGCAGGGGAGGCCAUUUACAUUUACGAUGACCGCCAGUAUUGAAAUGAGUGCUGUUUAUUUGUAGACUUUCUAUCGUGAGUGAGACAGACUCUGACGGACGAAUCCAGAAGAGUUUCGUUCUUAACGUAUAACUGUCGUGACUAUAACGAUCAUAAUUUAUUAUUGUCAACACAACACGGCUGUAAAGCUGAGUGCUCCUUGUAGUCGAGCGUGAAGCGAAGCGGAGCAUGCAGCGUUCAUCUCAAUCACAUGCAUACAUACACAUGAAUUUUAUGUACCUACAUACAGUACCGUGGUAAUCGAAAGGUUUAGUACUAUUUUGAUAUGUAAUUUUAAAAAGUCGGAUUUUUCGAUUUUUUUGAUUACAUAAGUAUUACAUUCGUCAAACUAUCUUUCUUUCUUUCUAUCUAUCUCGGUUUUAUGCCUCUUUGCAACUUUAAGUGGAAUAUAAAUGGCCUUUUGCUCAAACUGUCUUUUCUGUCUUACGAGUAUGGUUCGGCUCCGCUAUCGGUAUUCGGCAAAUGAUUCGUGAUAUAGCGAAUUGUGGAGCCGGCGGCAAUCGUAUCAUUCGGCAUAUUCACGCAAAUCCGAAUGGUCCGCGCGAAUAUAAGUUUUUUGAAAAAUGUGAAGAAUGUUGCGUGUGUUGGCCGGCAGAUUCGCCAUAGAAAUUCGCCCAACACAAAACAUUCACCGUGUAGUGUGGCCAGUUGAUUUGGCGAUUGCCGAACUAUCGUGAAAGCCCGAACAUUAAUCAUUUGCCGAACCAUUACUGCCAUCUCGAUUACCACGGCAGUACAAGCAUCGCAUGGAAGGGGCUUCCAAAGAUGCUUUCUCGCUGGUUUGAUCGAACGCUGUGUGCUCUUUAGAACGCCUCUCUCAGGCCAUCUAAUAAUACACAAAUCCAGUUUUUUUGGUCUAUCUCCGACUGGUUUUGAACAAGUUCGGGCUCGAAUGCGAACUGACAACCGGACGUGAUUAUCAGCCGGGUUCUAUACAAAAUUAUGAGUGCUUAUUUAUAAGAAUACUACUAUGUACUACUAGUCUCGUGUGUUGUACUUGUAUAUCAUGAAAUGUUCAAUGCGUGGUGCAUUGAACGUUUCAUGUUAUACAACCAAUAUCUUGCCGAACAUUCUUUUACAUGGACAAGAGUAAUUAGUUUUAUUGGAACUAUGGGACCCAACCGGAUCGUUUUUGUACUUUAGAGUUUGUCCAGAUGAAAGAUUUGUGGGUCUUGAACGACUAGAACGAAAAAUCUAUCGCGUGUAUACUGUUCCAAUACUGUGUAGCCAAUACAGCUUUGCGAUUAGGUUAGGGUAGGGAAAGCUCUUAUUUCCUUUCUAUAGAUUUUUUUUAAUAAUAAAUAUUCUGUAGUGCAAAAUUGAUCAAUUGAUUAUGUGGAGAAGUAUAUCAGAAUAAGGAACAAGAUCAUAAUGUUUUUAUUUUCCAAGUAUUCAGCGCGUAAUGUUACAUGAAAUAGUUUUCAAUUAAUUUUUAUGCACGCGGGCUUGAAAAUGAUCAUUUUUUAUCCAGCCAAAUAUUUUUAAUAUUUCGUCAUUUCAAGUCACUCAUUUUAACCGUGGUAUGUGGACAAACUCUCUAUAUCGAUUAUAAGCAUCGGCGCAAAAGUAUGUAACUAUGAGUUAAUGGAAUUUUAAGGAUUUCUCAUGGAUAAUAAUAUCGCGAUUUAUGAAUAAUUCUCACUGUAUCGAAAGUAAGGUAAGCAUAACUAUUUAUAAACGGAUUAUACCUAUAUUAUUUUAUGUAGUUUAGUAUGUACACGUUUAUGAACUUUCUCAAAUAUUAUGAUAAGUGGUGAUAUGAAUAUGUUUUGUUCGCCUAUGAUAUUAUAUUUCUUACAACUGUUUUAGUAGAUAUAUCGUAAUACAAUUAAUUAUUGAGUUUAUCUCUUAGGUUAUUUCCGCUUCUGAUCACGUAGUGCUUAAAUGUAAAGUGCAUGGAAAUGUGAAAUGGAAUAAGAGUAUAAAGUCUAGACUCCUUUAUGAUAAUUAUCUUGCUUUUCCCAAAAUCUGGCCUCAGACUAUAUUUUAUCAAUCGGCUACAUUUUGAUGGAAAACGUAUACCUACGUACCUGUUUUUUGCGCCAAUAGAUUAUACCCAUUAUAUUAUGACACUGUUUCUUAGGUCUUAUUCUAAGACUAUUUUAAUAUUAACUAUUUAUUUUUUCUUCUUUCCAAUAUUUUCCUGUCUUGUUUCUUCUUUUAACUUGUAUAUCUUUUAUAUUUUAUUGGUGCGAUAAGUGUUUCGAAUAGCUUGAAUCUGGAAUACUUAGAUGUCUUCGUUUACGAGUUCUAGUGAGCAGACAUUAGUAAUUUAUGUAAGUUAGACUUUGUAUUGUUUUAUUAUAUUUGUAACUUAAUUAUUAUAAUGGUUGUUGUUUUUAUUAUUGUGUACAAAUAACAAUGAGAAAAAUUAACAUAGUUUUAAGAGAAAUUAUGUCAGCGUUAGAACAAAAUAUUUGGACGCUUUUUUAAUGAUCGAUGCUUUUGAAGUAUGUUAUCUUCAGUUAUAGUUAAGUAUGAUCGUAUCGUUUAAAUUUCUUGUUUAGUUUAACUGUUCUAACAUAAAACAACACUGUUCAAACCAAAGAGUCUCAUUCAUCUUAACUCUUUGUCAUGUUCCUUAAUUAUUAAUUAUUUUUCUGUGAACCUGAUGUUUGCAUGCGUCGAAUUCUUUCAGGUGAUUCUUAUUAUUAUUUAUUUUUAAGCUAAAUAUUAUGAAUAAUACCAUUCCAAAUUAAGAAUUGUAAGCGAAAAUAAAUACAUGAUUAGAAGAAAAUCUAUUAAUACAAAAAAUUAAAAUAUGUGAAAAUAA